AUGCCCGCCGCCACUCCAAAUGGUCGCUCUCGCGCUGGAGCUAAGAAUUCCUCCAACUCCUUGAUGGUGGUUCUCAAGCUGUCUGCGGAUACUCUCCAGCAGUUCGCCAGCCCAAAGAUCAAGAGCCAAAAUAAUACCAACAUCAAAUCCAACGACAACUCCUCACCAGCUUCAUCCGCCGAGCUCCCUACCGUCCGCCCAUCCUCUGCCGACAAUGGCUCCGACGCCGAAGCCAUUUCUACACCCGCCACAGGGGCGACUACGGGCGAUACACCGCGUCGGAAGGGCGUUCCGGGUCCCAAGCCAGGCAACAAAAGAACGAAAGAACAAACCGACCCUACUGCAAAGUCACGGGGACGCCCUGGCCCCAAGAAGAAACCCAGACUUGAUGAAGGCGAGACCACAAAAAUCCCAGCCGCACAGCGUCUGGGACCAAAAGCCAACACCGGAGCCAUCAACGCCGGUCUGCGCGCGCUAGAUCGCACCGGAGCCGCGUGUCGCAAAUGGGAGCGCAAGCCCCUACAGCUACGCAGUUUCACCGGCAUUAUGUGGCAACUCCCCGCCUGGCGCACACCGGGUAUGUCCAAGUCCGACCACUCGGUCGAUGGCAAGGUUGCAGCGAUGGAAAGCGGCGAUAGCGAUACAAAGCCUACUCUCCAUGCCGCCGGCACCGACACGGCCAAUGGCAGCAGUGCUGUGUCUAGUGAGAAGAGUAACUCCGGGGAUGGCGAUGUCACUCCUGCUUCUCACCUAGUUGAGCCCUCGUCGCCGGCCAUUGCUAUGACAGCUUGA